GGUGACAGAAGGAUGAAGGAAAUGAGCCAAGAGCAGAGGAAACCAGAAUUGCACAUUGCAGGCUGACUUGUGCAAGUGACCGGCCAUGAGUGAAGCAGAAAGGGGAAGGCACAGCCCUGAAGGACAGGAACAGAGCACGAUCUGCAGGAGGGCUGCCCGGGGUGGAAGCACAGCCGGUGGGGCCAUGCGGCUGCUGCUGCUGCUCUGCUGUGCAGAUCUGUGCCUCCCCGGCUGGGCGCUGCGGGGACCCAGUGCCGUGACAGGGUACAUCGGGGGGACACUCUCGGUGUCCUGCUCCUACCAGGAGGGUUAUGAGACGUACCCGAAAUACUGGUGCUCCCCUGGGACACUUACCAGCUGCUUAUAUAACACCGACAUCGUCAUCACCUCGGAGCAGCAGCCCUGGGUGCAGCGGGGCCGGAUCUCCAUCCGGGACAACCGCACGCAGCGGGUGUUCACUGUGACCAUGAAGGACCUGACUGCAGGGGAUGCGGGAACGUACCUCUGUGGGGUGCAGAGACCCAUAUGGCAGCAGGAUGUCACCAACAAGGUGUGGGUCAUCGUGCUCUCAGACACAACACUGCGGGCUGACACUGCGCUCCCUCCGACCACCGCACGGCCGCUGCCAGUGGGGACGGACGCUCCGAUGGGGACGGACACCGCUCCGGGGACAGACACGGCUCCAGGCCGCCUCGGUUCGCCGUCCGUGUUCCCGGUGCUGGCGGGGCUGCAGGUGCUGGCGCUGCUGGCCAUGGGCACAGUGGUGCUAUGGCUGAACCUGCCGAGUGGCCACCCGCAGCCCCGCAGCCUCGCGCAGUUUCUCCCCGCAAUAAAGCUCCGCUCCUGGCCCCCGCCCGGCUCCGUGCUUCCCUCCGGCCGCCGCGAGGGGGUGCAGGGGGCGGGGGGAACCUCUGGGCCCGAGUUCCAGCCUCCCGACGGGAGCGGUCCCGGAGGCGGCGGCACGCGGAGCUCCGCUGCUCCUCAGCCUCGGCGUCCCGCAGCCGGUGGGGCCAUGAAGCUGCUGCUGCUGCUGCUCUGCUGUGCGGAGCUGUGCCUCCCCGGCUGGGCGCUGCACGGACCCAGUUCCAUGACGGGGUACAUCGGGGGGUCCCUCUCGGUGUCCUGCUCCUACCAGGAGGGAUAUGAGACGUACCCGAAAUACUGGUGCCACCCUGGGACACUUACCAGCUGCUCAUUUAAAAACUACAUCAUCACCUCGGAGCAGCAGCCCUGGGCGCAGUGGGGCCGGAUCUCCAUCUGGGACAACCGCACACAGCGGGUGUUCACUGUGACCAUGAAGGACCUGACUGCAAGGGAUGCGGGAACGUACCUCUGUGGGGUGCAGAGACCCAUAUGGCAGCAGGAUGUCACCAACAAGGUGCAGGUCAUCGUGCUCUCAGCACUGCCUUCCACAUCAGCCAUUCCCUCUGGCCCCAUUUCAGGCCCCACGUGGAUGUCUCCCCAGCAGGAAACUACAAAGCAGACCGCACACCCCACUUCCCCCGGAGACCUCAGUGAAGGGCAGUUGAACAUAGUGAUGGACAUCCUCAUCCCGUGCAUCGCGGUGGUUUUGUUUCUUCUUGCACUUGCUGCUGUUGUUCUGGUAAUUCUGUCUCGGAAGAGGAAGAAGGCCCUCGCAGGAGCAUCCAUCGAGAUGUGCAGCACUCAUGGCACAGCCAACGCGGAGGUGCUGCAGUAUGUGGAUAUCAGCCAUGUGGGCACGAAGCAGAGGCAGCUGUACAGCAACGUCAGGGCUGCCCCUGUAUCCCUGCAAACAGACACCGAAUAUUCCGAGGUCAAGAAGCCCAGCCAGAAUUUGGCAGUGAAUACGGAGACCCCUAAUACCCAGGUGUGCAAAAUCCCUCUGGAGGAGCAGGAGCAGCUCUAUGCCAACGUGGUUCCCAGGCAGCAGCGUGCAGCACAGUGAGGAUGGGCAGCCAGCGCCGCUGUCUGCUGGGGCCGAUGGCAGCGGGAGCUGCUCGGGACACCGGGACCCACUCGGGGGCAUCGUGACGGAGCUUUGGGCAGCCAGGAACCAACUGCGCGACAGAGCGGCUGCUUUCACAGGCUCCGGUGCUUCUUUGGAACAGCCCAAGACAGGAAGAGGUUGAGCAAGAGGGGAUAAUAACAUCACCUCCUGCGCUCAGGGACCUCGUGCCCAAUGUGGCAGCCGUGCAGGGAGCACGGACUAGUCCACGUUGUGUGUCCCGGGCUCAGCUGGCACAGCCGCUCCCGUCCGCCCCGCGCCCCAGCUCGGUUCAUCACUGACCCCUGGGCGCUCACCCGACGCGCUGCUCCCCGCGGAACGUCGCUCCGUUCCCAUUAAACAGCCGGUACCCGGUGGAUCCGU